GUACAUAGCUGCAUGUCUGUCGACCAAGUAUUUUCGGAGGCAAGUGAGCAAUUGUCUUGUCUUGUCAGCGUUUGUGGAGCUGUGUGUGAGAGCGUGAGGCAUGUGUUGUGACUCCUCCAGCCCUGGCAGUUAGUUAAUAAACACAGGCCUGUCAACAGCUGCUGGUGAUGUAAUGUGGAACUUCUCCUCACUCUCCUUAUCCUCCCGCCCCACCCUGCCUCCCGAACUCCCUCCACCGACACCACCACCUCCCUCCUUUCUAUUUACAAGUCUUUACUGGGUGUUGCUGCAGACUUCCAGCACUGGCAGGAAGUUUAAGAGUGUGUGUGUGUGUGUGUGUGUGUGUGUUUGUGCGUGGCUCCCCCCUCCACCCCACCCCACCCUCUGCAACAGGGGAAUUUACGACAGUAUGUUUUCAGCUGCCAUCAAAGGAAAUUCCACAUCAUCACGUUGUCUUCCUAACGAAAACACCUCUGAGAGACUUGGAGCUUCAGAGCUGGCUACAAACCUGUUGAGUGGAGAGGAUCCGGCCGGUGCAGAGGCUUCCCAGGUGUGUGGAUCGCUGCGGGGCAGAGGGACCAUGAACAGACACCUGGAGAGCAGAGAGCAGUUAAAGAGAUUGUCUCUUGACAGCGGCCUGCCGGAAUACAUGGACGCAAACAAAUGCAUCGACGAGCUUCUCAAACAGCUAGAGGAGGAGCGCCGUAAUGUCCGAAGGGAAAAGCUGGCCGUGGCUCGCCUGCAGAGGGAAGUCGCACGGAGCAAGAGCGAGGGAACAAUGCGAGAAAAGCUGAUCCACGAGCUAGAGGAAGAGCGACGCCUGCGACUGGAGAGCGAGAAGCGUCUGCGGGAAGUGACCGAGGAGUCAGAGCUGGGACAGGCCCAGAUGGUUUCACUGCAGCAACAAUUCUCCAGGAUGGAAGAGACGGUGCGGUCGCUGCUGCAGAAUCAGGGCGUCCUGGAGCAGACUGCUGUGGACACAGUGGACAUCAUGAAGGCCUAUAAGGAUAAACUCUCAGAGGAAGUGCAGAAGCAGCACGAUGGCCCCGAAGAGAGCGGCUCCCUGCCGGCUACUCAAGUGGAGCUGGACCCCGGGCUUCUGCCGAGCGCAGAUCCUGAUGCCAGCCAAGCAGAAGAAGACAAAGACAAAACCAAGCUCCUUCUGGAGCGCCUCAAGACCCUGGAGGAGGAAAAUUCUGCCUUGGCCUUGGAGAACGAGAGCCAGAGGGAGCAGUAUGAAUGCUGUCUGGAUGAGGUCGCCAAUCAAGUUGUGCAGGCGCUUCUCACCCAGAAGGAUCUGAGAGAGGAAUGUCUGAAGCUGCGAACCAGGGUGUUUGACCUCGAGCAGCAGAACCGGGCACUGAGUGUUUUGUUCCAGCAGAGGAUCAAGCCCGCCUCAGACCUGCUUCUCCAGAAACUCCACUCUCGGAUCAUGGAUCUGUCUGCGGCAGAUUUACUUCUGGAGCCAGAGAGAAGCAAGGCCUUCUUGCUUUCCAGGAAUACGGACUCUCCCUCUAAUGAGGUCCAGUUGAACGGGAAGGCAGGCCUACCUGUUGCUAAGUGUCUGAGCCAGCUGAGUCUGACGGUGCCAGCGCCUGUGUACCCACGCAGCAGCUGUAGCAGCAGCGAGUUGUCCCUGUCGAGUGCGUGCAGUGAAUUCUCCAGCGGCUCUUACACCUGGAAUGAUGGACGCUCCUGUGGAAAAAUGUCAUCGCUGACCUGGGAGAAGAGGCUGAGUCUGGGUUCAUCCGCCCCAAGUAAUAUCUGUGCCCCGCUGGAGGAGCAGCUCCCCACCAGGCGCAAGGAGAGCCACAUACUAGAGGGACUGAGAAAGCUCCAGAGGAGGAAACACAGGAGUUCUUCCUGUUCUUCUAAGGUCUCCAAGUCAGGCUACAAAGACUGCAUGAACUCCAACGAGGGCAUCUACUCCCUGGGUAUCAAGAGUGGAACUAAAGGGGUAUCUAAGCCUACCCCUGUGGGUAGAACUUGGGUUGCUGGUGGAAAGAAGUUCGCUUAUGAUUCUGAUGACGCAGAUGAUGAACUGGCACAUUCCAGUCGUGGAGAUAACAUCCCCACCAAGGACAGUUGGUUUUACUGUAAGAGGCGCUCCCACAGCAUCUCAGACAGUUUAUGUAGCUGGGAGGGGUUACAGGACAGUGGUAGUGGUGGUGGAGGUGGAGGUGAUGGUAGCUCAGGUCCUGUGGCUACGAAACAGCCAUCUGGCUAUGACUCAAAAGAGCGUCCUGAGAAACUCCUGAGUUUCAUUAACAGUUUUCUCCCUGAGGGAGGUCGGACAUCAGCUUUUACUAAACCAUCCAUACUGCACUUCAACCCCUCUGAGCCAGAGGGUCACAAUCCCCUCUCUGAUGUGGAGGAUCCUGAGGAACUGAACUCUGAGUCCAGUGACAUCCGAACGUCCUCUAGCCAGCCACCGGAGCAAGCGGAGAGGGACUCCAAGAGGCUUUCAAGGGAUGCUGCCAAACUGCUCGCCCAACAGUGCUUGCGGAGAGACCAGGGACGCACCCAGUCUGCAGAUGGGAGGCCCAGGCCUUUCAGCCUAAUUAAGGAGCCCAAAGCAGCCAAAUGCACCCAGUCUGAGGAGAGCAUUUUGGCCAUAUUUGAUGCAGAAGGAGAGCCUAUUGAACUUUGUGCUCAGAAACUCGCAGCAGGUGCUGGGUCUCGAAAUGACAUUAAAGGUAGCAAAGUAGUUGCUGAUUACACAGAGCUAGUUCCCCAAGAGAGACCAACAAGGCAGAAAUCAGCAAAUACAAGGAACUACACUGUCCUCGAAUCCCCAGAAACGCCAUCUGAAUAUCAGAUUAGGACUAGCAAAACAAGCAAUAGCAGAGAGGCAAGUGCAGAGAGGCUGUCAAUGCAGUUGACUCCUCAAAGGAAGCUAAUCAAGCCACCGAGCACCCGAGCUAAUAAAGGUCAUUCAAUGCCUCCUUUGAAUGAUUGUACUGGUCCCAAGUCCAAUGGUUCAAAGAUACCUGGUCGUAACAAACCGUCAGGAUCCCCGCUGAGAUUGUCAAAGGGCUCCACCAUUGAACAAAGUGGAAACUCAGGACCCUCUGGUCAGGAGAAAUCCCCCUCUUCUCCUACAGUUAAAAUGUCCAGGUUCAUAAAGACACCAGGAAACUCUUCACAGAGCCCAAAGGUGGUAAAUUCCAAGCUUCCCGGCAGGGCCGACUGGAGUAAGGGCCCCUCCUCCGGUUCCCCACACCUCUCGAGGAGGCACCUGGAGUAUGCUGACAAUGGCGAACAGCCAACCAGAGACAAACACUGUGAAACCAGCAAAAAUAAACUCAGGUCCCCUUCUCCUCCCCCUCCCCCAGGCCGCACCACCUCCUUACUGAUCAGACCAAAUUAUGAAGGGUCGCCUCAAGCACAUAAAACAGGGGUAGCUCAACCAUCCACACCAACCACUGUGAGGGGCCCUCCCCCAAGUUACCACACCUCACUUGUACCAAAUAUGCAAACUACACUACCCAUCAAGGAUAAAGACUGUUUAGACUUGGAUGCAGGCUACGGGACUGCACUCGCACCUCAGAAACUGGUUGAGAAAACCAGUCAGCACCUUCAGAAGUCCCCCGCCACGACUCAAACAUCUACUAAAGGCACUUCCAAGCGAAUGACCACGAAAGACUACCUCCCUUCUGCAAACUCAGGGUGUGCUCCAGAACCUGAAAAUGCACCUAAAAGCUCAAAGAAUGUCCCUCCUCCCUACAGUGCCCUCAGAGGGUCCUCACUUCAAAACUCAUUUGCAAGUAAAAGAGGAUCAACCCAUGAAAAUGUCCAUCAGUCAGUGCAGAAGACCUCUGUUAGUUUACCUAUAUCUCUUCAAGACUCCCCUCAAGGUAAGACAGAGCCACAAAAUGGCAAAGCUGUAGUCAGCCCCCCCAGCUCAGUCAUGAUGUCUCCGAACCAUAUGGAAAAAGCCUCAAAGACUCGCAUCCCAAUGGGUUUCAAAGCAUUUUUAAAAUCUCCCCCCAGCCAUAAAAACAGUCCCUCUGUACCAGGCAAGCAAGAGAAAGACCAUAUCAACUCAGUCUCCAAAGAGACUGUGACUUCAAAUGCUGCUACCCAGUGUGACAGCUUGCAGCCAGUGUACAGUAUUGAUUCACCACCCAAUAUGUCUGUUACAGAGGGGAAAGGUGAGGUCCAGUGUAGGUUACUAGAAGAGGAGGCUCAUGCUGCUGUGUUACCAGAGGAGGGGGAUGUUUGCGAUAAGGGGAAAAGGAGUAGUCAACUUUUCUCUCGAUCCAUAUCUGUUUCUACUAAACCUCAUCUGAAGCCGGCCUUGGGGAUGACUGGAGCUAAAGCCCGUAGCCAGAGUUUCAGCACCAACUACAUUGAGAAACCCAACAUCAACGCUCUAGAUGGACCGGGAAAAAUCCGCACGCAGAUCAUCACCAACUCAGGUGAAAGGGGGAACUCUCUGUCAAGACAGAGCUCCUUGGAGGUUCCCAGUGUUGGGUCAGCUGAGAGCCCUGUCCAUUCCCCCAGGCUUAGCCAAUAUGGAGGUAUGACAGGGUCAAACAGUCAUGACAUCCUUCCCGAGAGAACGUCUAAAUCGGGCUCAAAAGACGAGGGGUCGCAGGGCACAGUGAAAGGGGAGGCAAUCACCUCACCUUCUCAAAAAGAGGUACGUAGCUUACCCAUAAGUGAUAGGACUGGUUUGAAAAACAUUCGUAAGCCAUCAAAAGUUGCCUCCCAUCCGCAGUUUCAGCCUCCGGCCUCUUGUGUCUAUAGCCCAGAAAACCCAGUGCGAGAGACAGGAGGCGUAGCAGCCACCACAAUUGAGCCAGACUUCAGCAGGGAAGUCAAAACUCAGACGGAGUCGCCAAACAAAACCCCAGAUGUGGACGAGAAAAAAGGCAGCUCCACAGUCUGCACUAUUGAAGAGAAAGUCAUGAUGGGAAUCAAAGAGAAUGUGCAGAAAUGUCAAGAACAAGAGAAGGUCGCUGCCAAUGAGGCCAAACAGAAAACGGGCCCCUCUCUGGCAAACUGGUUUGGUCUCCGUAAGAGCAAACUCCCAGCUCUGAGCGGUAAGAAAACAGACUCCCCGAAGGGAAAAGAGGAGAAGAAAGAGCUGAAGAUUGGAUCUGUUCUCGGAGGCAAACAGAUGAAGUCAGACAAGAAGAAGGAUAAGAGGAAAAACGAUAACCAGCAGAAGGAUGGUCAGGAGGUGCAGAAUGUGUCUGAGAUGAACAACAAGCUGAGCUCCAUCAUGGACCACUGCAACAAUCAGAUGGGUCAGAUUGCCAGUCAGAUCCAGUGCACCACAGCGUUUAUUGGCAAAGACCAGUUCGUUAAAGAGCUCCUUGGCAGGUCUGCUUUGAAGGGCAACCCUGUGUCUGCAUCACCGCCUGGGAUCUCCACACCCAAGAAACACAGCGAAAUGAAGGGAGAUAUGGAGAUCUGUCCAGAUACUACUACCCUUAUAAUGACUCAGAGGAUCAAUCUAAGGGCUGAAAAUGAGGAGGCACGCAUCCCGGACACAGCUUGUCAAGACCACAUGAUAGGCUCCGGCUGUCAGAUGAGAACCCUGGACAGCGGGAUCGGCACCUUCCCUCUCCCCGAUUCCGUCACCCGAGCCAGCGGUCGCCACAUCCCUAAAUCCGAAUCCAGCCCCGAUGGGGUGACCGCCGGCUCCUCUGAGCUCAAUCCGGAGCCUCCUCCCUCUUCUCGCCCAGACCCCUCUGACCCCGAUGUGAAAGUGCCUUCCUUCCCAAAAACCCGCCUGCAUGCCCCUACCAGCAUGGGUCACUCCCUGUCUGACCCCACCGUGACCUGCAGCAGCAACACCCAGGACACCCAGAGCCGGCUGCCCAAAUUAGCAACUUCAGAUGCAAUCAGGACAAAGAGGUUGAGUCUUUGUGCGCCGCCGAGCAACGUCUCCACGGAGGACAACGAGAAAGAAGCGGAGAGGAAGAUGAAGACCAAGGACUAUGAUAUGCCCGGUGAAAGAGCCCUGCGAGUGUGCACGUACUCGGGCAGCAGCAGCAGCAGCGACACCGAGACCGAACUGGAGGAAACCAGAAGCGCGCUGGGCUCGCCGCAUAGGACCCUCGUCAACAGAACCAAGAAGAGCGACUCAGUCGACCAGAAUGAGGAGACCCUGAAGAGGAGCAGCGUGGAGACGUCCUUGUCGAUCAUGGACUACUACCAACACGACAUGUUCUCACAUCUGGAGAAGGACAGCAGGAGGAUCUCCCAGUACAACCUGUUGCAUAAGGAGUCAUCCCUCGACGGCAAAGCAGGAGACAGACUCAGCAAGGAGAUGCCCCAGGAGAAAACACCCGUCAGCUCAAACCAGCCGGGCUCCCUCGACUUCUCCUUAGAGUCCCUGAACAAGCUGAAUCACAGCAGCUCCAGCAGCGGCGGCGGCAGCGGUGGCGGCGGCCUCUACCCGGACAUGGGCCGCCGAGGUGACGGCCAUGUCGACGAGAAGAGCGCGGAGGACUGCUGCAAGGUGGACGAGCCCCCCUCCUCCAGCUUCUCCGGCAAGCCCGGGGCGGAUCCGGUGGGCUCCCUGAGCGACUCGCUGUACGACAGCUUCUCCUCCUGCACCAGUCAGGGCUCCAAUGACGUGUAGGGGCAGAGAGACAGGGGCAGCGGGGCUGCAGUGAAGGAAACCAGUCCGUGUCUUGAGUUCUGGUUUUUUCUUACAGCCACUCUGACAUCUUGUCGCGCCCUUGGUCGUAACCUUUUCCUGCCUUUUUUUUGAGUUCUGUUCUUCUUCUCUUAAUUCCACGCGUUGAUUGGUUGGAUGCUGACACACUAGGCCUGUGGAGUGGAUUUUCACGCAGUCCGGUCUUGAAAGCAACUCAUACUGGACUAACGUCUUCUUGACUACAGCCCUGCCCCCCAUACGCCAGGAGCCCUGUCGUCCCUACACACAACACAAAGCACUUAGUGGAGCUGGAGACGAGGACGAAACCUCAACCCAAACAUCAAACCGGGACUUUUAAUAGUUUGGCUCUGGGUGCGGUGGACUGGACAGCAAUACACACUGUUGUCUCAUUGCGAUUUGUCUUUUUUUUUCUCCCAUGCUGGGGAACUUCUUAUCAUUGCACUGUAACAAAUACUGUACAAAGUUUGUAAGGAGUGUAAAGUGAAUUUAUUAGCAGUGAGAAAGCAGGGCGUCCUUCUAGCGGCGGCACUGAUGGGCAAUAUCGGCGUAUACAGAUGCUUCGAUUGCAUUCUUGUUGGCUAGGAAACUAGAUUAAAAGCCAAGGGGUCAUUUUAUGUUUUGCUGCUAAGUACAUUGCCCAUCGAAGUUGCCCCUAAAAAUUACCCAUCCCACCCCAUAAUAAUAAACCUGUUUCAUCUUUGUCUGCUGGGGCAAAAUUUUUAUAAAAGGUAUCACAACAGUUUCAGUUCAUUUUAAAUCAUUUUCUGCCGAUCUCGUGGUGAAAAUGAUCGCCGCUCAGCUAACAGUAGAUUAUCUCACGAUGUCAGCUGAAAGCAUAUGUGUGUGUGUGUGUUUCUACGUGGUACACGAACUAAUGUAAUGCUGUUCCGGUGUGCGACGGAUGCGCAGGUACAGCAAAACGACCAACCUUUUGGCUUGAACGCACGCAGUGUCAUUGUUGGUAGCUCAGGGAACAUACUGGACUAAUGUAGAUUGUACGACUUCAAAUACAGCCAUCAGGAAAACGCUGACGCAAACAAAUAACACUCAGUAGUCUUUUCCUUUUUCUUUUUUUUUUUAAGUUCCUGAUACAAAACUCCACAGUCCACACAGUCUAGUUUCUCCUCUCAUGUAGCACAGCAAACCUGAACUCUCCAAACCUCAGUUUCCUUUCCUAGUUGUAUAUUAUGUUGUAUAUAAAAUUUGCUAUAAGUUAAUAUCAGAAUGGGCAUUGCUGAUUGAUAUAUGCAAACGGGAAAAAUAAACAAAAAAAAAGAAAAAAGAAAGAUGUAAAUUGUUUGCCAAUCAUUCAACCAAGGUUUUAAGUCUGCUGUUUGAAAAUGGCAUGUGUCUUUUGUUUAUGGAGCUCAUUAGGAGUUCUUGUUUUUUUUAAAAAAAGAAAAAAACUGUCUUUAUUUUGAUCAAUAAGAGCUAAUACUAAAAUAUUUUAUCACUUUAUUUUAAAGACAUAUUUGAACUUUAGGCUGAUGUUAUGCCAAAUUUCUCUCUGGAAUUUGACCAGCUGGUGCUAAUCAACAGAGCCGACUGUGUUUCAAUUUUUCUAUGAAACUGUUAAUAUUGUAUGAAGAGAGUCUGAAGAGGACUUGUGUAUUUUUCUAGAUGUCCAGUAUUUAUACCCACAUUUUGUACUGUCAGACUGUAGUGUGAUUGUCAUGCUUCACCUCUCUCCUUAAAUGUUCCUGGUUCCUUUGUAAAGAGAAAUGGUUACCAGCAGUGUUACUUUGGUGAUUAUUAUUAAUAUUAUUGUUAUUAUUAUUAUUAUUAUUAUUAUUACUGUGUGCAAUUUUGUCUGUUACACUAGACUUUAAUGCUAUAUUUUAUGUAACUAUUUCCUAAAUAAAUAUGAGAAACUAUUUCCUAUUUCAACCUGA